AAGAAGCGGUUGAAACCUACAAGGAUCAGGUUAAAUCUUCCAUCGAAUCUCUCACAGAAAAGAAAUCAGAGAUCAAGCAAAUGGAGCAGCGACAGAAAUUGGGAAUUUCUAAUGUUCAGGAAGAGUCACUCAACCGUCAGUCACAGACCACAUCCCCGUUUGCUGAACUGCACCAGAUUCUCACGGAGAAAGAGCAGCGUUUACUCGGAGAUAUUCGGGAAGAAGAAGAGAAGAUUGUCAAAAGAAUGGAGACAAAUCUUCAAGCGAUUCAAGAGAAUUUAAAUUCCAUUCAGGAUGAACUAUUAAUGUUACAGGGACAGAUAGACCACAAGGACAACAUGAUAUUUCUGAAGGAAGAAGCUGGUCGAAAGAGCAGGUUUCGUGAUGAAGCCAAACCAAUGUUGGUGGUACAUGGUUCGUGGCCGAUUGAAAAGUUUGAUCCCUCCUUUUUCAACAUGGCAUUGAGAGAAGCAUCUGAUAUCAUCAAGCGAGUCUCCGUCACCCUGGAUGUGGAGACAGCGCAUCCGGAGCUCGAAGUGUUUGAGGAUCGGAAGAGGGUGAGACGGAUCCGGACCCAGAGGUGUCUCCCUGACACCGGGAAGAGGUUUAUAUCCAGUCCGUGUGUGCUGGGAUCGGAAGGAUUCACGUGGGGGAGACAUUACUGGGAGGUGGAGGUGGCAGGGAAUCAGUACUGGAGUGUGGGAGUCGCCACAGAGUUUGUGGAGAGGAAGAGAGGUGUCAAACUGACCCCGGAGACUGGGGUCUGGAGCAUCGGGCGGCAGGCUGACAUGUUUGUUAUAUUCAACUCCCCUCCAUCCCCUCUCCCCGUCCGUCUUAUCCCCGGGAGGCUGGGAGUUUAUCUCAGUUACGAGUCCGGGACGGAUACGCAUAUCAUUCCUUGUUUCAGUCGCAACCUCUCUCCCAGGUACAUCAUGUCUGAAUCGCUGCUGCUUCCUGCUCUCGUUCACCGAUUUAACGCUUCAUCUCCCUCACAGCCAGUUUCCAACCAGCUCUCACGUUCCCCUGCUCGAGCCCCAACUCUUCCCUUCACUUUCUCGCCGUCUCUAUCUCUGUCAGAGAAAACAAGAGUGAACAAAGUCCAUUCCAAGCCCGCGGACACCAUCGGCUACCUCGUCUAA